UACUUCGCAUUUACACAGCGCGCGACAUAAUUGACGCGCGGGUAUAACUUGCCCGAGGUGCUGGGACGUAGGCGAGAGGUGCGCCGAUACGGCAAGUGGCUCAUGCGUUUUCUCCGCUGUUGCAUUUUUCAAGGCGCGGAACCGCAAAACGGCUGGUGCUCCCUACGGAAAACCGACAGUGUAAAAGGGAAACAACGGGGGGGCUAGAGAUUAUUGCAUAGAUGACAGCAGAAACGUAAGAUGUUCGAGUCCCCGAGAAGUCUCCAGGAGGUUUGCAUCGACUUUAUCUGUGGUAACGUUCUCGGCCUGUGCAAGGUUCACCCUAGCGAUACAAAUUCUCCCAAUGCACUGAGUAGCGGUGCCGUCUCCGAUGAGCAAGAUAUCUGUGCGCCGAACAAUAAUAGCGCAGAAGUUACUUUUGAUACUGCAGCAGGUAAAACAUCGUCUAACGAUGCUCCCAGCAGCUCAGCAACUCGGCUUACCUUUAAACACCCGGAUGCCUUCUUGCCGGCCGAAGUAUCAGAGCAAUUACUAUCCAACCUAUGUGAGAAGAAAACGUUAUCCGAUUUAACAAUCACGCUUUUCGACGCGCAGACGACUAGAUUAAGACACGUACGAUUGAAAGAUGCGUCGACACUGUCGGCCAAAGGCUUAAGCGUUCUUAAGCAACAUAAAGUCAUAGAUUUAAUAGUAAACGGUCUCAAGAUCACUGUUAACGAUUUAAUUAGCUGCUUGGGCGAUUGGAGCAUACAAAAUCUUCGAUCGCUGAGCGUAGCUAAAGGAAGCUUUAUGGAUUUUUCAAGACAACGCAUGGUAGAUAUCGCAACAUUAAACAAAUUAAAGGCACUUCAUACCUUGAAUGUCUCAGGAACAGAGUUUAAUAAACAUGGCUUGGACAUAGUAGUCGAAGAUCUUCCCCUUUUAGAGAGCUUAGAUAUAUCUUGUACAAGAGUCGACGAUGUAACGCCGUUAAAAAAGUGUAAAGAUCGUUUAAAGACAUUAAAUAUGUAUAAUUUAAAGAUAAGUGGAUGCGGAAAUUUAAUACCAGUAUUGCUGGAGCUAAACGAAUUGAGGCAUUUAGAUAUUUCCGAUGAAAAAGAUCCACAUGGCUUUGACGUUUUCGCACCUGCCAAGCCAAAAAUUACCGACUUUCUAAGAACUCUGAGUUGUAUGCCUCAUUUGACAACUCUAGACUUAUCAGGCAAAGACGAUAUUAAUCCGAAGGAUUUAAAACAUUUUAUCGCGUCGCACGUAAAUUUGAGGUUUCUGGGCCUUGUCCAUUCUGAUGCUUGUUACGACGAGAGUUUUAUAGAUUCAUCACAUGAAGAUUAUAGACUUGAACUUGUUAUCAGUGGUACGGCAACAGAGUCUCAAAUUUUGGAAUCGCUUAGGAGGUAUACAUAUAGACCAAUAUAUCUUCAAAAAUGUCUAUUUAACUUGUUCCGUUUGACACCAAACUUCCUUGAACCACGGGUCGAUGUGAUAAAAUUAGUGUUACCUGGAAUGAGAGAGCAUCCACAGGAGUUCCGCGUACAAAUGGCUGCUACUGCGUGUAUCUAUAAUCUCACGAAGGGUGAAUUGGCCCUCAUGAUUCAUCCGUCGAUACUUAAACAAAUAGUCGAAUUAACAUUAUUAGCGAUGGAAUCAUAUCCGACUAAUCAUCAACUUCAAAAGAACACACUAUUGACCCUGUGCAGUGACAGAAUCCUACAGGAUGUUGCAUUUGACAAAUAUAGGUGCGCAAGAUUAGUUAUGAAUUGCUUGUCGACAUUUGAUGAUCCAUCCAUGAAUCGUAUGUCUGUGGCUAUUUGCUCAAUCUUAGCAGCAAAGAUAUCUACAUUAGAAACCUCUUUGCUUGGCGCACAACCACAAUAUAUGUUAAAGUUGCUUGCAAUGGUUAGAUCUAAGGUCGAGUCCAAAUUAGUAGAUAUUACAAUGAAAUUUACGUUAAGCGCUCUGUGGAAUUUAACGGACGAGAGUGCGGCGACAUGCAAGGUUUUUCUUGACGAAGGUGGAAUGGAAUUAUUUCUUGAAGUACUGGAUAGCUUUCAAGGGGAAUCUAGCGUGGAAACCAAAGUUCUUGGUCUGUUAAAUAAUAUAGCAGAGGUCGAUCAUUUGAGGCCGCGGCUUAUGCAACCUCGGUUUAUAAAGAUGCUUUCUAUGCUGCUCGAUUCCGAGCACAUUGAUGUAUCUUAUUUCGCAGCUGGUAUCGCUGCACAUCUACUCAGUGAUGGUCCUCAAUCUUGGUGUAGUAUGCCAUCGCAGCCAAGCAGGGAGCAGUUAUUAGAUCAACUGGUUCAUGCUGUAACUCAUUGGCAAACGCCACAGGGAGAGAUGGUUGCCUAUCGUAGCUUCCAACCAUUUUUCCCACUGUUACGUUGUAUAAAUACGUAUCCUGUUCAACUCUGGGCAGUAUGGGCGAUCCAUCAUGUUUGCACAAAGAACCCAAAACGUUAUUGCGUGAUGUUAAUCAGAGAAGGAGGAGUAGAAACGUUAAAACAAUUGGAAAAAACGCAAACAGAAUAUACGACACAACCAAAUUUGCAAAGUUUAUGUCAAUCAAUUUUGGAAACGCUUCAAUUAAAUUCUUAACGAUAGCUGUUGCUUUUGCAAAUUAAAUACCACAUGGUAUACUAGUCAAUGUUUAUCUUAGUGCAGUCCUAUAUCCUGUUCUUUAGACCAAAUGAACAUACAAAUUAUAUGGCCAUGAAUAAUUAUAUCACAAAGAUAGACUGCAAUUAACAAAACACACGACACAAACCGUAAAUAAAUCCAAAACAUUUUACUCGCGUUAUUUAAUUCAGUUGACUGAAUUGAAGAUCUGAAUUGAGAAGUAGAUAUAUUUUGUGUUGAUGAGAAAGUAUGUUGUCAUAUAGUAUUUCGAAAGUUUUUUUAAUUAUUUCAACAAUAGUUGUAUGGCGUGAACUACACAGUAAAGUAGAUUUACAAUUUAUAAAAAAAAAUUCAAAAUAUAUCGAGAUUUAACUGAAUAUAACAAUGUAAUUUUUACAUUGAAACUAGAGGAAAAUGUAUCAGUAAUCGAAAUUUUUCCAAUUAUUCAUCUUUGUUUUAGUUUUAUUUGCAACUUUAAAGUUCCAUAAUUGUUGCAAAAAAUAGAAUUAAUCAAUGACUUGUAGUAAUUUGUAAUGUCCAAGACAAAUCUACUCUUACGAUUUUACCAAUAACGAAGAUUGUAAGAUUUGUCUCGCAUUCUAGUUAAUUACUACUAUCAUAUAUAGGAACUAGUUAAAACAAUUAUCCAUUUAAAAUAUUUGUAAUUUUAAAAAGGUAACCUUUACCUUAUUAUACGAUUCAACUAAGUAUUGGGACAUUAUUAAAGUGUUAUAAUCUUUUUUUUUAAUGUGUUAUACUUCAAAAAUUCAGAUCUUCAACCUACUUCUUUAGUAAAUAUUCUUCGUGGAAUUUAUUCUGCAUUAUUAAAUAUUAAAACAUCUUAAAAAUUGAUCGUAUUACUUGCCUUCAGAGAUUUAAUGGAAAAAUCAGAGUUUGUAAUAAGAAAGAAAUACAUAUUAAUAUUAGAUUAUAUCUGUUACUAAAAUAUUGCGAAUUUAUAUAAACGAAAUUUAUUCUUCUGAUAUCAUUACAUGUUGACAGCUAAAAUGUAAGAAAUAUCAAUUUGAAUGGUACUGAAUGUUAAUAAAUAUGCUAUGCAAGCCUUUAUA